AUGGCGUCGCGACGUGCUAACUACGUCACAGGUGCCGCGUCGGCGCAGAGCCUCUCUGAAGCAACAGGCGGCGCUAGCGCUGCCUCCGUAAUACAUGCUACGGAAAGCAAAUCUCCACGGAGAUCAGCAAUUGAAUGGUAUACCGUUACUGGUGAGUACUUCCUUUCCCAACGAGGCCCCGUGCCCGGCGAGGGGGGCGGGAAAGUAAAUCAGGCGCGCUUACGUCGCGCUGGAGGAAGCCCGGCCCAGCCGCUGCCCGGCCCGGCGCGGCGCGCCACGGCGCAUGCGCAGCCCUCUCCCUCCCUCCCUCCCUCCUCCCGCCCGCCGCCGGCGGAGGCGCACUGGCACAGUGGGGCAGACACCGCGCAGUCAGCUGGAGAACGAGGCCUUGGGCGCAGAGGAAAGCACGGACUGCGCUGCCCGGCUCGGGAGAAGUCGCGUGUGUCGUACACUCAUCUUGGCUUGAAAGCGAUGAUCAAAGAAGUUGAUGAAGAUGGGGAUGAUAAGAUCAGUUUUCGAGAGUUUCUUCUUAUCUACCGCAAGGCACGCGCUGGUGAAUUAACGGAAGACAGUGGACUGAGUCAGUUAGCAGCCCUCACGGAGAUAAACGUAGAAGAAGUCGGAGUGGAGGGGGCCAAAAAUUUCUUUGAAGCAAAGAUUGAAGAGCUACGUAAAACUAGCAAAUUCGAAGAUGAGAUUCGACAAGAGCAAGAGCAAAGGAAAAGAGAAGAGGAAGAAAAAGCCCAGCGCAGAGCAAUGUUCAAGCAAAGGGCAGCCAUUUUUCAAUCAGGAAGCAUGCAACAGACUUGAAGACUCCAAAACCAAGUUCAUUAAUUCUCUUGUAAAUAUCAUAGACUUUGACAGAAGAUUGAAGUGAUGCAGUGCAAGUUUUUGUUGUUGAACACAUCUGAAUGCCUGACCCAUGGGCUACUGUUAAAAUUCAAUGUACUAUAUUGUUAAUGUUUAGAAGUUUCACGAAGGAAACAAUUCUCUAGAAAUUACAUUUUAAAAGAUGGAACUAUUUUUUUAGAUGUGCCAUUUCUUUCAACAAUGUAAAUUAUGUUUGUAUUAUACAAGGAAAUGAAAAAGGUUUUGUUCACUUUAUGCACGAAAUAAAUCUUUCUUGAAACCCA